AUGUUUGAUGUCUUACCCGAAGAUAUAACCGUCGAGGGCAAUGACAGAGGCUAUGUUUUUAUCCGAAAGAACUGUUCCUGUGCUUCAACAAUCCACAAGUAUUUGACAAACACUACGUUCACUGUGAGAGAGAAUGGUGGAUCUGUGUACGAUAUGGUGAUCAAUGCCUAUGGUGGGUUGGCCUUUUUGUCGAAUUCGAAUCGGGAAGCGAGGGUAGGGGGUGUGGUGUCGUUGAGGUUGUUUUGUGGUUGUUCGAGUGGGCUGUGGAAUUAUUUCUUGAGUUAUGUGAUGAGUGAUGGGGAUAGUGUCCAGUCCUUGGCGAGUAGGUUUGGGGUGAGUAUGGACAGUAUUGAGACGGUGAAUGGGAUUAGCAAUCCUGAUAAUGUCUCUGUUGGUGCACUAUACUAUAUACCACUCAAUUCAGUUCCUGGAGAGCCUUAUCCUAUAGAGAAUGAUGUUGCUCCAUCUCCUCCUCCAGAACCACCUGUUGACAACAUAGCAGUAAAUCAGGUGAAUCACAAGGCUCACGUCCCUUACAGAUGGAUCUUUGGGGGUUUAGGAGUUGGGCUGGCUCUGAUUAUUAUAGUUGUACUCAUUUUUGUUUCCUUGAGGUCAUCAACCCACUUCACUGAAGCCCUUGGAGGUCAUGGAAAAGAUUCAGAUGAUAAGAGUUCUCAGAAGUUCCAUAUUCUUCGAAACACAAGUUUCUGCUGUGCUUCAGGAAGGUAUAUCUGUUGCAAAUCAGGGGAUUGGAAACAGUCUAAUGGAGAAUCUAGUGACCGUCAAAUAAACAUUCCUAAAGUUAUAGGGACUGAUGUCUUUGAUGUGGAGAAGCCGGUGGUUUUCACAUAUGAAGAGAUGCUAUCUUCUACAGAUGGUUUCUCUGACUCCAAUCUUCUUGGCAAUGGAACAUAUGGCUCUGUGUAUUAUGGCCUCCUUCGCGACCAGGAAGUUGCAAUCAAAAGAAUGACUGCCACAAAAACUAAAGAGUUUUUGGCAGAGAUGAAAGUUCUCUGCAAG